GGUUAAUGUUGUUAUAGAAAAUGCAAAAAUAUCAUUAAUACCCAUAUUUCAACUUUCCUCUCUUCUAGUCUUUUGUUAUUCAUCUAAGAUUGAUACUCAGGUCAUUUUCGAACAUUCCAGACAUAAAAACUCCAAAUUCAUGGCGGUCCUUGCAUUUUGAAUUGAACUACUCUACAGUGACGUUGCUGUAUUUUUGGUAGGACUUGCAAAAACAUAAGUUAUAUAGUCUUCAUCAGUGCUUGCUUCAGGUGUUGUGGUUUAGUGAUGAAAGUAUGUUUCAGAAGACUCAAGUGAAGCCAUCUGGUCUUGGUUGAUGGAAGCAAGAAUCUUUUCUUCGCUUUUGCAAUAAUUUAGCGUAGCUGAUUUGGAAGGGGUUCUCGUUUCAAGCACCUAGUAUAGCGAAACAUUGACAAGGAAAGGGAGAGGCAAGUCUGCAAAGGAUGGAGUGCAAUAAAGAUGAAGCCAUGAGGGCAAAAGAUAUUGCUGUCAGAAAGUUUACAGAGAAAGAUUUUGCUGGUGCAAAGAAGUUUGCACUGAAGGCUCAGACUUUGUAUCAGGGGCUUGAAGGCAUUGCACAGAUGAUAGCCACUCUUGACGUAUAUAUAACAUCUGAAGCUAGGAUUAAUGGAGAGAUGGAUCUGUAUGGCAUACUUGGUGUUACUCCAGUAGCUGAUGACGAGACUAUAAAAAAGCAUUACAGAAAGUUGGUACUUCAACUUCACCCUGAUAAAAAUAAGUUUGUUGGUGCUGAGGGUGCUUUUCAACUUGUGACAGAAGCUUUUAGUUUGUUAUCUGACAAAGCUAAGAGAUCUCUUUACAAUAGCCGGCGUAACGUCAAAUUAGCCCAGCAGAAGGUCCCUUCUCAGCCUGGUGUUUCAUCAGGGUUUGCAGGCAAUGGACAGUCCCAGCCCAGAUUUUCAAAUCAUUUUAAUGUUCCAGUGCCGCCAUUCAGUGCUGGAAGAACAGCUGAGCAAAAGGUUCCAACUCAGUUUGGACCCAGGAGAGCGGCUGAGCAAACUUUUGGGACCCAAUGCAGUAGUUCCUCCCAACAGAAGGUCCCUACUCAAAGUGGGAAUUCAGCAGUCCCACCUGAAGUUAAUGGUUUUUGUAAACAUCCCAGUUCCAGCUCUUCACGUGGAAAGGCAUCAAAGAAUAGCAGUAAAAAAUCUUCUCCAUCAAUUCAAUCAUUCUUUAAGAAAGGUGAUACAUUCUGGACUAUGUGCACUAGAUGCAAGAUGCAGUACGAGUAUAUGCGAGUUUAUCUCAAUCAGGUUCUGAAAUGCCCACAUUGUGAAGAGGGCUUUGCGGCUGUGGAAGUACCUCCACCUUCAAAUCUUUCUCCAAUUCGCCCUCAACAAUAUCGAAAGCCGCCUUUGAGCUCAAGACCUUCAGUGUCUGGGGCUAAUAAUUCAUCUGAUGCUGCAAGUGCUCGUUGGAGCCCUCUAUCUGGAACAACCACCUAUAAUAAUAAUAAUUCCUUUUCUCCAAACACCACAUCUGUUAGUGCUCAUACUGCUCAAGCCACAAGUGAUCAGCAGCUGGCGGCUGAAAAAUUGAGAAGAGAGUAUGGGGUGGCAAAGGCAGCUGGUAAACGGGAGAGGAGUAAUGAUCCUGGAUUUGUAUUAAGCGGAGAUGAUCUUCUAAAGAGGAUGAAGGAAAUGAAUGACCGUGUUAAGAAUUCUGUGGGUGGCAUUCCAAGUCAACCAGGGAUAGGAAUUAGGGAAACCGGAAAAGGAAUUUCUCUUGGCCAAAGCGUAGGCAACUCUGAAUCAGGAAGGUCAAAUUUUUUCACAGGAGCCAGUCCCAAGAUUAAUAAUGCCACCAGAGAAUUUUCAACCGCAGAAGUCAGAAAGAUGCUUUCUGAGAAAGCUCUUCUGGAGAUACGCAAGAAACUUAUGGAAUGGAAGUUAGAAGAAGAGGCCAUGGCUGCUGCCAAAGAGAAAGAGAAGGUGAAACAAAAGGAAAGACAGAAGUCAAAACUUGAAAAUGAUGUUGCCAUUCAAGAGCUGGGGAGUCGUUCAGGAUUUUCUUCUGCUGGUAAAGCAGUAAAAGAAGAUGUUGAGAUGGUCACAAUGACUGUGCCAGAUCCUGAUUUUCAUGUAUUUGAUUUGGACAGGUCAGAAAGUUGUUUCGGAGACAAUCAAGUGUGGGCUACAUAUGAUAGUGAUGAUGGAAUGCCCCGUUUCUAUGCUUUGAUUCACGAGGUCAUCUCUUUGGAUCCAUUCCAGGUGAGGCUUAGCUGGCUGAACUCCAAAAGCAGCGCUGAGUUUGGUCCCUUGGAAUGGGUAGGUCAUGGUUUUAUUAAGAGCUGUGGGGAUUUCUGGAUUGGUAGAAGAGUAAUAAACAAUUCACUAAACUCUUUCUCUCACAAAGUUGAGUGGUGUAAAGGGUCCCGUGGAGCUAUCCAGGUAUACCCACGAAGGGGGGAAAUUUGGGCUCUAUACAAGAACUGGUCUGCUGAUUGGAACAAAGAUACUCCAGAAAAUGUUGUACAUGCCUACGACAUGGUGGAAGUGCUCGAUGACUACAAUGAAGAGCAAGGUGUGCGUGUUGCCCCUCUUGUGAAAGCUGCUGGUUUCCUAACUGUCUUCAAUAAGCAGCCUGAACUAGGGGUAAGGCGGAUUCCAAGGGAGGAAAUGUUUAGAUUCUCUCAUCAGGUUCCUAGCCAUGUGCUCACAGGUGCAGAAGGCCCGAAUGCUCCAAAGGGUUAUGUAGAACUAGACCCUGCUGCAACACCGAUGGAAUAUCUUCAGGCUUCACCAGAUAUCAAGGAUCAUACAAUGGAAACAGGCUCUGGCUCAGGUUUAAGCGCUGAAUAGGUAGGCUUUAGCCCUCUUAGUUGAAUGAAGCAGCCAUUUCAAAUUAGCUAGCGUUUUGACAUGAAACCUUGGUUAGAAUUCGCAUCAAAGGAGCUGUCUUUUUGGUAACCUUUAGUUGUUUGGUUUGGGGGAAUAGGGGUAUAGGGUACACCGGCUAACUUUCUGGAUUUUGCUCAUGUCCACUGAGCAAAACCUUGAAGUAUGCUUUAUAGUUUUUCUUUAGAAAAUAUUGGUAAUUUAGAGAGGGGGGUGGUUUUAGUUGGUUAAUUAAUGUAGAACUAUAGAUGGAAUCUCUUUGCUAUAUCGGGUCUAGGAUAGUGAUUUUUUUUUUUUCCAAACCUGCAUGUUUGGAAUCUAAACUGUACAAAAUCUUGCUGUGAAUUUACGCAGGAUUGAUCUUUGGCCCUUGCAAUAUUUAUGAGUUCCAUUCGGGUUCA